GUAGUGUAAACAUUCAUAGUUGAUGUGAAUCAAAAGAUAGCCUGACUCAAACUGUCACGAAGAAUUGCUACGUGUGCCCGUCCCUCCGAGCCGCAGUGCCUCUUAGCACUUCCUCAUCAACGCCCGACGCAGCUCUCCAAAUAUCAGAUCAACCCACAAAAUGUUCUCCAGGACUCUUCGAUUGACUGCGCGCGUCGCCCGUGUCCAGGUUGUCCCCGCCAGGACUUUCGCCAUCUCCUCCGUCCGCUCCGCCGACCCCCUCCAGGACCUCUACAUCAAGGAGCUCCGCUCUUACAAGGCCCCCACCAUCAAGGCUUCCGACGCCGAGGGUCAGGUUAAGGCCUGGAAGGCCCCUGCCACCCCUGUCGCCCCCUCUGUCGAGACCGGUGACUUGGCUGGUGAGUUGAGCGCGUACGAGAACGAGACUGUUCAGUUGGAGGCUGUUGAGGCUGUUGAGGGUGAGGUUCAGAAGACCGGUGAAUGGUUCGAGGAUGUUGAGGAGGUCUUCCCUGAGGCUUCCCACUAAGUGUGCCGCAUUGGAGAGUU